AUGGCCCAAGAUAAUUGGGGUAAUAACGCUCAAGGCCUUGAUAACACCGACGUCUCUUGGUCUCAGGCACCAACAAAUAAGUCAAAUACCUUACAACCAGAAAACAGCUGGGGAACGCCAGUCGGAUCUGUUAGAACUAACACUCCCUCUGAAAACAGUUUGGGUGUCAAGAAAACCAAUGAUCCCACCCAUGAUUCAUGGGGACCUAAUAAAUCAGAAAAUUCGUGGGCUUCAAGAAAUGACAUUGUCAAAGUCGAUCAAUCAUGGGCAAAGAAAUCCUCACCUAAAGAAGCCCCACUUAUAGAAGAACCCACAAAAUCAUCAGAUAAUGAACCUCCUCCUAAUAUCGUAGAUUUAGGUUCCCCAUUAAAUCUUGAUUAUCAACGCGAGGAGGAAGAGGAGGAAUUAACCAGUCUUGCAUUACAGGCUGGUAUCCAACAAUCUUACGACUUCUUAAAGAUUGAAAAAAAACUACAACAACACAUAUUGGAUGAUGAACAUUGGGACCCAAAUUACCGUAAUGUUCAUACCUUGAAUAUAUCACAAUCGAGUAAUUCAGUUUCUUCACCCUCAAAAGAUGAAAUACAAUGUGAAAUACCAAAUGUAUGUAAUGAAAAAGAUAAUUUUGAACCAAUAAUCGUUGAAUCAAAAGUUGAACCAAUAAUUGUUGAACCAUUAGUUGUUGAACCAUUAAUUGUUGAAACAUUAACAUCAUCCACAUCUCAAGAAUUGCAUGAAAAGAAAUUCCGUGAUGUUGAAGUUCAAACGGACCCAAUUGAUUUGUCAAAGAUCAUUGCGUCAAAAGAAAAAUUGUUAUCCUGUAUAAUCGAUUCACAAAUUGAAAAUUUUCAUCAAUCGAUAUCACAAGAUCUAUCUAACGCAAUUACUAACGGUCAUCCGGUUGCCGCUUCUCAUCAAACACCUUCACAAAAUAAUAAUUGGGGUACCACUCUUCAAAAAACGCCUUCACAAAAUAUUAAUCGAGAUGCCGCUCCUCAGCCAACACCUUCACAAGAUAUUGAAUGGACCACUCCUCAACAAACAACUUCACAAAUUAAUAAUUGGGGUACCGCUUCUCAAAUAACACCUUCACAAAAUAUUGGUUGGGGUUCCGCUUCUCAGCCAACACCUUCACAAAACAAUAAUUGGGGCACUGCACCUUUACAAGCUAAUAAUUUGAAUACUGCUACUCAACAAGCGCCGUUUCAAAAUAACAAUUUGGGUACCUCUCAAAAAAUACUUUCGCCAAACAAUAAUUUUAGUUCGGUUUCUCAACAGACAUUUACACCAAAUGAUAAUUUUGGUACUGCUCUUCAACAAAAACCCGAACAAAAUGAUGGUUUUGACACUGCUUCUCGACAAACACCCGAACCAAAUGAUAGUUUUGGUACUGCUCCUCAAGAAACACUUGAACCAAUUGAUAACUUUAAUACUGCACCUCAACAAACGCCUGCACUAAAUGAUCAUUUGGAUCCUGUACCAGCACAGAACAACGAUAGUUGGAUUGUUUCUCAAAAUAAUUCAACACAAAAUGAUAAUUUGGGUACGGUACCUCAGAAAACACCUACAAAUAAUGAUAAUUGGGGUACAGAUCCUCAAAAAGCACCUGCACAAAAUGUUGGUUGGGAUGUCACUCCUCAAGCACCUGCACAGAACAUUGGUUGGAGCACCACUCCUCAAGUGCCUGCACAAAACGUUAGCUUAGGUAUUGAUCUUCAACAAACACUAAAUUCAAAUGAUGAUCUGGAUAUUGAUUCUCAAAAGAUACCCAUACAAACUGAUAGUUAUAUUACUGUUUCCAAUAACACACCCAGCCUUGUUACUGAUCCUCAAAAAACACCAAUAGAAGAUGAUAGUUGGGUUACUACUACUACCACCACCUCAACACAAAACGAUAGCUGGAUUACUACUACAUCUCAAAAAACCUCCGCACAAAGUAAUGAGCAACAGACACCGGUACAAAACGAUAGUUGGGUUACUACUAAUCAACAAACUUCUGAUCAAAAUAUCGCACCAAAUAAUGGUUGGAGUGUCAUCCCUCCACCUGCUCAAGAUGAUAGUUGGGUUACUACUCAACAAUCUUCCCAACAAAUUCCUCAAAAAACUCCCGCACCAAUUCCCCAGUCUCCCCAAAAAACUCCCGCACAAAGUAAAGGUUGGAGUGCCAUCCCUCCUCCUGCUCAAGAUGUUGGUUGGAGUAAUACUGCUCCUCAACAAACUCCUCAACAAACUCUCGCACCAAUUCCCCAGUCUCCCCAAAAAACUCCCGCACAAAAUAAUGGUUGGGCUGUCAUCCCUCCACCAGUUCAUGAUGUUGGUUGGG